AAAGUGGGAGGAGAACUAAGAUCAUGUGACUCUGAUGUAACUUGAACUAAUAUAUUUCUCCCAGGAACAACAUUUGUUCAAAGCUCCUCAAACAAGCAGAAAUAAUCUUUAAUCGUCCUGAAAUGAACAUGAGAGUUUUCUACAAGAGUCUGUUGUCUUUACUGGGUUUUUUCUCAGUUCAGAUGAAAGCAGAUACAGAAGUGAACGUAGCAAGAUGGGGAACAGCUGUUCAGUCAACAACAUUUUAUGGCUGGUAUGCCCAAAGGGCUGUGGAUGGGUCGGGCUAUUUCUGUUCUCGUACAAAUGAACAAACUGACCCAUGGUGGAAGCUGGAUCUGAAGAACAUGUACACUGUGAACAGAGUGACCAUCACUAACAGAUUAAUGUGCUGUGUAAACUGGAUAAACGGGGCAGAGAUUCGGAUUGGAAACGAUUCUUCGGUUUUAGGCAACCCAGUAUGUGCUACAGUUUCCUCUAUUCCAGGAGGAGCAACCAAUAGCUUCUCGUGUCCUGGGAUGAAGGGACGCUAUGUGACUGUGAAUAUUCCUGGGACCUUAAAGACUGUUACUUUCUGUGAAGUGGGAGUCUAUGUGAAUUAUCCAGAUGCAGCCUUGCCUUUACCCACUCUUCCCCAGGAGGUUCCCACAGAUCUUCUCCCAGAUGAAGAAGAUCCUGUUUCCCAAGAAGACUCCUGUGAAGAUGAAACUUAAGUUUGAGUCUUUAUGAACAUCCAUCUCCUGUCACAGGUGAGAGAGGGAAACGUACAGAAAUCUGAACUCAAUCACAUUGAUAGCAGUUUUAAGAUAUCUGCUCAUUUCAGCUUCAGUGUGCUCUGACAGAACGAGGGAUUUCUGACGUGAAGAGAGAGGUGAUGAUGAUGAUGACGAGGGAAGCGAAACUCUCUUCCGAUCAGCUUUGAUAUUUAUUUACAAGCUGUAAUUUUCUCCAUUACUCAAUGUUAAUCACAAUAAAGUUGUAUGUGAAAAUUGAAACUACUGAUUCCUGAUUGCUGUUUUCAAGCCAUUUGUAUUGUAUAAAAUGCAUGUACCUGACAAUGUGGGGGUAAAGUGAAAUGUAUAAACUUUUAUUAAUAUUUUAUGCAAUAAUUAAUUUAUUUUGUUACAUUUUAGUUACCAAUUCAGAGUAUGGGUUACCAAGUGCUGAAAUGUUUAGCUAUCCAUUCACAUAUGAUGAUAAUAUUUCUAAACACUAGAUGUCAGCAGCAGCAUGUUUACUGAUGCUAUGACAAACAAGCAAGUUUAAUAAGUUUUAAUAUUGAUGAUAAAAUAUCACAUGGUACACUGUAAAAUUUAUGAUCAGUCAACA